CCCAGCCAUCUUGUGGCGUCAACUAGCGAAGUGUUCGCACCAAGCCUCGUAGAAUCGGAGGAAAAUCCUGCUGAAGGGGCGUCAUCAUGCCCGGACAACUGCAAGAAGGUUUUGGCUGUGUUGUUACCAAUCGGUUCGACCAGCUAUUUGACGAUGAGGCCGAUCCUUUCGAACAAUUAAAGGAGGCAGAAAAGACUGCCGCCAAGACUGCUGCCUUGGCUGCAAAGCUACCCAAAAAAGAAUCUCAGAAGGACAGGAAGAUCCCUAUUCCUGAGAAGAAAGAAGAAACACCGGCACCCGUAGCUCUUAAAAAGGAUGGUGUGAGGAGAAUGGGCAGAAGGCCUGACCAGCAAGGCCCAACAGGGUCCCAGCAGCAGGGGGGUCAAGGGGAGGGACGUCCUCCCACAGAGAGGCGGACAGACCAGAGGAGGCCACCACGUGAACGCCGCUUUGACAAGCCUGGUGAUGAGAAGCCUGCUGAGGGAGGAGAGUUCUCUGUUGAAAAGUCUGCUGGUGACCGGCCGUUCAGAGGCCGUGGUGGCGGCGGCGGCAGAGGUGCCCCCCGUGGAGGACGUGGCAGGGGCAUUGGCAGAACCGAUGGCUUUGAUGCUCGUGGAAAACGUGAAUUCGAUAGACACAGCGGCAGUGACAGAUCCAUGAAACCAGAGGAAAAACGUGGAGGUGGUGGAUCUCACAACUGGGGGACCGUCAAGGAUGAAAUGGGUGAGCUUGAUCAGUCCAACGUUACUGAAGAGGCCCCUGAGGGCGAGGAGCACCCCCCUGCUGACUCUGAGAACAAGGAAAACGAGGCCGGAGAGGUUAAAGAUGAAGCGGCCAAGGAGAUGACCCUGGAUGAGUGGAAGGCCGUGCAGGCUAAGGAGAAAGCCAAGGUGGAGUUCAACAUUCGCAAGGCCAACGAGGGAGCUGACAGCCAAUGGAAGAAAGGAUAUGUGCUGCACAAGUCUAAAACUGAAAACCCUGCCAUCAUUGAUACCGAAGUGGAAGUUGAAACAAAGACCGAUGAUGAACACCACGCUAGGAAGCCAGCCAAUGACAUCACAGCUCAGCUUGAGAUCAACUUUGGAGAUUUGGGCCGCCCAGGCCGCGGACGCGGAGGUGCCAGGGGGGGCAGGGGAGGACGUGGCGGUGGAGGUCGUGGUGGCGGCGGUGGAGGUCGAGGUGAUGGCGGUGGAGAAGCUGGAGCAGGACCAGGACCAGGACCUCCCACCACAAGGCCGCCACGCGGUGGUCGCACUGAGAAGCAAAGUGGAGUGUCUGUCCCAAACGUGGACGACCCUGAGGCCUUCCCGGCCCUUGCCUGAAUCCAGUCCCAGCGAGGCCACGCAGGGCCCCUCCUCUACGAGGCUUGCAUGCUUAAGGAUCCUUCAGCAGAUGAAAUGAUGGACUGUCAUCCAUGCCAUUCACCCCUGAGGACUGAAAUUUUACCUGUUUUAAAAAAAGGAAAAAAAUUAA